UCGAAGAACAAGAACUAUCCGCUCAGACAUCGACCUUACAUUGCACAUUGGGAUGAGCGCGAGGGACACAUAGUUCAGGGCACUCCUUUUAGUGGUCGUACUCAUGCCUUUGACGAGUAUAUGAUAUGGUUUCGUCGCAUCACGAGGUUACGCCUGACGAAUCCAUCGAGGCGACCACCUUCUACACAUUAUCAGCCUGCGUCUGCAGAUAUAGUACUGGCACAUACUUUAUCUGAUAUUGCUCAUAGGUGCGGUACUGUGCUAGAGGCUUCUGAGUCAUUGCCUCCAGAUAUGGUGCGUGACUUGUAUGCGCAGACAUUGCAGACUAUGAGGGGACUGUGUGUUGAUGCUGUUGGCCGAGCUGGACAUGGCCACAUCGUACAGGGCGUGCCUACUUCUGCUGGAUAUACAUCGACUUCUACAUCUUCUACGUCUGCUGCCCAUAUAUCUACCACGUCAGCUUUGCUUUCACCUCCAGUCACUCAGAGGGCCUAUCGACGACGUUCUGACACUACUCCCCCUUCUCUUGAUGCCAUUGCAGAGACUCAUGAAAACCACACCUAG